CAUCAACAACUUGUUGACUACAAUUCUCUUGAUUAUUUUGUUUUCUUUUUUUAUUUAAUUGUUGGCAUUUUAAUUUAAAAAGCUUAGGACAGUUAGAGGACUAAUAUGAAUCUAAAUGAUUUAUCUGAUGAUUGUUUACUUUUGAUUUUUGACAAAUUUUCUGAUCUUGGUUCGUUUCCGAAGUUAACAAAAGUGUGUAAAAGAUGGAAAAAAUUGGUUCAAAUAAGACUACGCAAAGUUACCUGCUUAAAAUAUAUUGCUCGUCACUCGCUAAGUAACUAUUGUUUCAAGAUUAAAUGGUAUGGUAAAUGUAUUCUCUCUAAUGACCUCGUGCUUCUUGAGAGUAUUAAACUCUCUCAAUUUCUGCCAAAUGUUAAGAAAAUUAAAUUCUCUGAUACACGUGAUGAGGUACAAAACUUAUGCUCAGCAUUAGCGAAUUUACUUGCCACUGGAAAUCCAAUCACUCAACUGAUCUUUACAUGUUCUUCUAUAAGAUUUUCGCAUUCAUGUCCAAUCAUAGAGAAUUUGCUUCAAUUCAUAAUACCCUAUUUGGAAGAUAUUGAACAUUUAACAACUAAUGUUAAUCUUCUGGUGGAAAAUUAUUUUCAAGCUUAUGGUAAUCACAACAAAUUGAAACGUCUUGGUAAUCGUAUGGAUUUAUCAAUAGAUUUGUCCCAUGUUUUAAAUUUCGCCGAUUCCAUGACCAAUCUUAAACUACUCUUCAUCAAUACUUUGUACCAAAAUAGAGAGCAUAAUCGUAUUUCAACCUACGAUGGACCAAUUUUCGAGAAGCUUGAAUCUCUCUAUAUCUUUAAUGGUAGUAGGCUAUGUUUUGUCACUCGAAUUCUAGACUUUUGUCCAAAUUUACGAAAUCUCACUCUGAUUCUUCCUAAGUGCACCGAAAGAAUCCAAAUAGAUAGUGACAUUAAAAACGACAAUUUACAAGGAUUAUUUAUCAAUCUUGAUCAUUCGUAUGGAUACGAUAUAAUUCCAAUUGUGGAAAAAUUUCCUAAUGUUCGAUAUCUUAGAAUCGAUGGAACCUUAACGGAAUCACAAUUAACCAAUAUAAUCGAACUACUGCCUCAUUUAUCAGUAUUGGUGAUUGAUAAUGGACUCGGCCACUCGCUAACUAUUGACAGUUUUAAUCGAGUCAAAACAUUUUGCCGAUCAAACAAGUUAAACAUCAAUUUUUUCUAUCAAUGUAGUUGCCCUGGUUUAGAAAAUAACGAACUUCAUAAAAAGUUUCGAAACUCAUUUAAACGUAUAAACGUUAACAAUAAAGUUAACAAUUUUAAUCAAUAAAUUGUUGUAUCACAAUUAUCUUGUAUUGAAUAACAAUUUGAUUCAAUAACAUAUUUUCAACCUGAAAAUUAAACUUCAAGCUAAUUAUUGA